UUAUAGUCCAGUCCGGUGGCGCCGGCGCUGCUGCGGGCUCGGCACGGGCCUUUGUCUGUCUGCGGGCGCGCGCCGCUGCGGUGCUCAGGACCAGCCCAUGGAAGAAUCAUAUGAAGAGGUGGUGACUAAGGUCAUAACAGCAGAAGUGGACAUGUUUGGAUUCCCAACAGCUACCCUGCUGGACUGUCAUGGAAGAUAUACCCAGAAUGUAGCAUUCUUCAAUAUGAUGACUGAAGCUCACCACAAAUAUGAUCACUCUGAGGCCACAGGAUCCUCAAGCUGGGAUACCCAGAAUUCUUUCAGAAGAGAGAAGCUGGAACAAAAAUCCCCAGAUUCUAAGAUACCACAGAAAGAUUCACCUGGAACGAGACAGAAGGUCUAUGAAUGCCAAGAGUGUGGAAAAUCCUUCCGGCAAAAAGGUAGUCUAACAUUACAUGAGAGAAUCCACACUGGUCAAAAACCUUUUGAGUGUACCCACUGUGGGAAAAGCUUUAGAGCCAAAGGCAAUCUUGUUACUCAUCAGCGAAUACACACAGGAGAAAAGCCCUAUCAGUGCAAGGAGUGUGGGAAAAGCUUCAGUCAGCGAGGUAGUCUGGCUGUCCAUGAGAGACUCCACACUGGACAGAAACCCUAUGAGUGUGGUAUUUGUCAUAGAAGCUUUAGGAAUCAAAGUAACCUUGCUGUUCACAGAAGAGUUCACAGUGGUGAGAAGCCCUAUAGAUGUGAUCAGUGUGGAAAAGCCUUCAGUCAGAAAGGAAGUUUAAUUGUUCACAUCAGAGUCCACACAGGCCUGAAGCCCUAUGCCUGUACCCAAUGCAAGAAGAGUUUUCACACACGGGGGAAUUGUAUUCUGCAUUGCAAAAUCCACACAGGAGAGACACCCUAUCCAUGUGGCCAAUGUGGGAAAAGCUUCACUCAGAGAGGAAGUCUAGCUGUGCACCAGCGAAGCUGCUCACAAAGGCUCACUCUUUGACCUCUCUCUUCAAAGGAAGUUAUCUUUAUGAAUUAAGAGUACAAAAUACUCUGAGAUCAAGCAACAUAGCUGAUUCUAUGAAUGGAGAAUCUUUCAGAAAGACAUAAUUGAGUAGGCAAACUGACUCUUCUUUCCCCCAAACGAGUAUGAAAAAUAAAUGUCUUGUUUAUUAU